AUGGCCGCUCCGUAUCCUCAGAUCGUCCUUUUCGGUGACUCUCUUCUCCAGGGCGCCGCCGAAACUUACGAUGGCUUCUCUCUCCAAUCCGCUCUCGAGGCUCACGGCAUCCGCCGCUACGAUGUCGUCAACCGCGGUCUCUCUGGAUACAACACCUCCCAAGCACUCCAGCUGCUUCCCAGCGUCUUCCCUCUGCCACCAUCUGAGCCUUCGCCGUACACGCCCAAGAUCGCUUACCUUGUCGUGCUACUCGGCGCCAACGAUGCCGCCCUGAAGGCGGACAAGGACAACCAGCACGUCGACCUGGCCGAGUACGAGGCGAACCUCAAGGCCAUCCUCACGCAUCCCAACAUCCAAGCCCACAAGCCCGGCAAAAUUUUGGUAGUGACGCCUCCGCCGGUCGACGGCAUCCGGCUGCACGAGUUCGAGCGUAUCAACUACAAUCAAACAAGAACUUCAAGGCAGGCACUCGUCUCUGCAAAAUAUUCGGAAGCGGCACGCCGUGUAGCUCAAUCUGUGCCUAACACCGCUAUCGUGGACCUGAACAAGGCACUAAUGGACCUCGCCAUUGCGCGCACGGCGGGCUUUGAUCCCAAGGGCAGCGUUGUGCUCGGCGACGAGGCUGGCGGCCAGCGCGGCUACCUGGCAAACCUACUGUCGGACGGACUGCACCUCUCCGGUGAGGGAUACCGGGUUUUCUUUGAGGAGCUUCGGCCACACAUCGAUCCUCCUAACUCGCGUGAAACCGUGGAGGGCUGGAUCUACCCCGAAUGGCGGCAGGCUCCCUGGUUGCAGAAGUAG